GCGAAACAAUCAAUAAAAUGCUGACAACUUAAAAGGACUAAAAUAUGAAUGUGUGAAUAGUUAAGGGGGUAUCUCUAUGUGUUAUCAGAAAUUAUUGGUAACACGUGGUGUGGAACUUUUGUGUCGAGCCACCCAGUUCCCAAUUGCAUUCUACCAUUCCACACUCACACACGCUCUCUCUCUCCAAGCUUCAUCAAUGGCGAAGCAACGAUCUUCUUCUCUAUUCUUCUCUUCACUCUUAACCCCAAGAGGCGAUACCCUUCUCUACCUCAUCGCUCUCCUCUCGAUUUUCUCCCUCAUCAUCCACCACAUCUCCCUCUCCGCCGCUGCUGAUUCCCAUUUCGAAGGCUUUGACGCCGAUGACGAAGUUGAACUCGAUGACGACUCUCUUCUUCUCCAAUCAUCACUCUCUGAUCUCCCCCGCCGGUCCCCUCCUCCUUCCACCACUUUAUCCACCUCUUCCGAUCCUGAAUCCCACCAUGGCCCACCUAACCCACCCUCAUCCCAGCCGGCCGAUUCCGAUCUCGCUACCAAACCCUCAACCCCAUCUUCUUCAUUUGAGUAUUGGGAUGAAGAUGAGUUUGAGGGCUUCCCUACUGAAAUAACACCCCCUGAAGUCUCCAGAAUCACUGAACCUACCACACCGGGUGGUUCCGAAUCUGCUGCUCCGGAGGAUACCGAAAAGAUUGCGCAACCGACUUCAGCGAAGAAGAGUAUUGGAUCGUUUACUAUUGAGAUAACAUGUGUAUCAAUCUUAAUCAUAUUCGCGAUCAAUUUUUUUACUGGCAAAAAAGAGAAUGAAACCCUAGCCCUAGCUUGGGCGGCUAAAUUCGCUACUAAUGAUUCGAUUUUCGAGAAGAAUUUUAGUUUGUUGGGUGUGGGAGAAACCGAUGACUCUCCAUUGUUGUUGAAAGAAGGUCAAAACGUGUUCAAGUUCUACGCCAGUGGGCGUAGGUUUUGUCAAGGAUUGUUGGCUACAAUGGAGCUGAAGAGCCGCCAUGAUUUGAUAGCAAGGCUGUAUAACAUGAUUGUUCCUUGUAAAGAUGAGAUCACGUUUGAGGUCUAUAUGAAUGACGAUGCAAUGGAUCAUGUGGUUUUUGCUUUGGCUAAGAAGAAAGCUGCAAAAACUAUGCAGAAGGAAUUGAGAGAUCUUCAGAGGUUUGGGAAUUUGAUGCCUGCACCCACCAAUCGGAAAUGGGUUGCUGAUGAAUUGAGUGUCAUUACAGAGUCUAAAGAGGUUGCCGGAGAUUUGAUCACCGAGGCUGUACUUGAUCAGGUAUUUGGUGAAAAAGCAUUCGAGAAAUUUGGGAAAUUGUUCAUGUCAAUGCAUUUCUCUGAUCAACAUCCAAGUACCCACAGGAAGAUCUUGAUUUUUAAGUUUGCUCUUCCUGCUGCCGAUCAAAUGGCUGACAUGACACGACUAGUGGCUCUAAUUCCCUAUUACAUUGAUUUAAUUGGUCGUUACAAACUCAGUUCACAGGCUAGAUCCAAACCAGAAGCAGCAAGAGCAAAGCUUGCACAAGAAGUAUACAAGGAGCUUCAGUAUGCAAGACAAGAAGCAAUUCAGAGAAAGAAGAUAGAGAAGAAGAAGAUGAUCGAGGAGGCUGAGUCAAAGCUGAAUGCUGAGGCUUUACGCAAGAAAGAAGCAAAAGAACGUGCUCGACAGUUGAAGAAAGCAAUGCCCAAAAUCAAAAUGUCACGUGGAGGAUAGGAAGAACAUAUACAGGUCAGCUUGUUACUUGUUAGUUCACUACUCUUUCUUUUUCUCCUUUCUAGUUCUUGUUACUUCUUUUAUGCUUUUUAUAGCUAGAAACAUAAUAGAAUCUGUAUGUGGUCACUGCAAUGCAUUGUACUUUAGUGGUUUGUACUUCUGUUUUCAGUCAGAUUAAGCAAUUCUACUUGUACCUCUAGUUACUUUUUUGAAUUCGUUCAAAAGUCUAAAUUGGUUAGUGGAAGUUAUUGAAAGUAAGAAAGGGGAGGGGGAGAUUGAGUAAAUCAUUAUCCUUAUCAUCAUAUUCAUGUGGUUAUUAAUUAUUAUCGUAUACUGAGUGAUGGCAAACGGACAACAAACUGCUUCGCUAAACCUUUUUGUAUGGUAAAACUAAUUAUUUUGAAGACUACAUCCAUAGUUAUAGGGGAUAUAAUGCAUACAUUGCUAUGCAUGAUCUGUUGUCCUCUAUUAAGAAGUUCCACCGCAUCCGACGCGAAGAAACCAAAAAUAUCAUAUGUAAAUGGUAUGAACACAUGUUGAUUUUUCAUGCACGAUUGCUCAUGUUUGGUGUCUAUAGCAGUUUUUAAAGCAACUUGUGUCCAACCGUGAAACCCUCAAGCCCACAAGAAGUGAUACCCAUUACGGUCCAAACAUGUGUGUUUCUUU